AUGCGCACCAGCUUGUGCCAGGCGCCCGUUUCCUUGCACGACCUGGGCAUUGGUAGGGCACACCACAUUCCUCUUGCUGGAACACGUGCCGGUGUUGCACGAAAGCCAGCUGUAGUACAGGCCUCGAACUCCCACAAGCAGGUGUGGAUACAGACGUCAAGGGAGGAGGUGCUGACAGCUGCAGUUGAGAGUGGGUUUGACACUUUGCUGUUCCCUGAGGGUUCUGCAAAUCUUGGAAAGGAAUGGCAGCAGCUUGCGAACUUUCAGCCGCUUCACCAGCAGGGCACAAGUAUUUGCAAAGAAGAUGGCGAUGUGGUUGGUGCGUUGGCAAAGGUUGAGUCUGGAGAAGACCUUAGUCUCCUUCAAGAGAAGGCGGCAGCACACAGCGGUGUGGUGAUCAUGGAUGCAACUGACUGGCAGGUAAUCCCAGCGGAGAACCUUGUUGCAAGUUUCCAGGAUCAGGAUUCUGAGCUUUUUGCCGCUGUGGCAUCAGCUUCCGAUGCUCAAGUGAUGAUGGAGGCCUUGGAGACGGGGGUCGCAGGUGUGUUGCUGAGAACCUCUGACCCUGUUGAGGUGCGCCAGCUUUCUAGUUACCUGUCCAGAAUGGAGAUGGAAGGAGCAGUUCGCUUUGCCUAUGAUGUGGCAACAGUCGUGAAGGUGGAGGCGGCCGGCAUGGGGGACCGUGUGUGUGUGGACUUGUGUUCAAUGCUAUGCAUGGGGGAGGGAAUGCUGGUGGGCUCAUUUUCCAGGGCUCUGUUCUUGGUGCAUUCAGAGUGUGCUGAAUCAAGAUACAUCAACAGCCGACCUUUUCGCGUCAAUGCAGGACCGGUGCAUGCAUACAUUCAGCAGACUGACAACAAGACCGCAUACUUGUCUGAGCUGAAAUCAGGUUCCAAGGUCCUAGUUGCAGAUGCUGAGGGGCGGUCAAGAACGGCCAUCGUGGGAAGAAUAAAAUUGGAGACGCGACCACUAAUUCUUGUGGAGGCCGAGACACCUGAUGGAGAGGUCGUGAGCGCCCUGCUGCAGAACGCUGAGACUGUGCGGCUGGUGGGCCCCUCCAUGGGUGGACAAGGCAGUGACAGUUGGGCGGCGACAUCUGUUUCAGAACUUCAGGAGGGCGACCAGCUGUAUGUCUACAGGCAGCAAGGCGCCCGCCAUACUGGCAUCAGCAUCGACGAGAGGAUCGUGGAAAAGUGA